UUCCUCGUGAUGCUUGAUAUGCUUCGGUUCUGCCGUUAUUUAAUCUGGUUUGCUCGUGCGUUUUUUCUAGGGCGAACACUGCUGGAGAUCAAGAAGUCCUUCCGCAAUGUGGACAACGUGCUGUACGAUUGGUCGGGCGACGGCGCGCCCCAGCGCUACUGCUCGUGGCGCGGCGUGCUCUGCGACAACGUCACCUUCGCCGUCGCGGCGCUCAACCUCUCAGGGCUCAAUCUUGGGGGUGAAAUCUCCCCGGCCAUCGGGAAUCUGAAAAGCGUUGUGUCGAUUGACUUCAAGUCGAAUGAACUUUCUGGGCAGAUCCCUGAUGAGAUUGGCGAUUGCACAUCGCUUAAAACUCUGGACUUGUCCUCAAACAAUCUAGAAGGAGAUAUACCAUUUUCCAUGUCUAAGCUGAAGCAUCUUGAGAACUUGAUCUUGAAGAACAACCAGCUGGUGGGGAUGAUCCCCUCAACACUCUCUCAGCUACCAAAUUUGAAGAUUUUGGACUUGGCUCAAAACAAGCUAAAUGGUGAAAUUCCAAGGUUAAUCUACUGGAACGAGGUUCUUCAGUACUUGGGAUUACGGAGCAAUAAUUUAGAAGGAAGUCUCUCUCCGGAGAUUUGCCAGUUGACAGGCCUGUGGUACUUUGAUGUGAAGAAUAAUAGCUUGACGGGAAAAAUACCAGAUACUAUUGGGAACUGUACGAGCUUUCAGGUCUUGGAUCUGUCUUACAAUCGGCUCACGGGAGAAAUCCCAUUCAACAUUGGUUUCCUGCAAGUGGCUACAUUGUCUUUGCAAGGGAACAACUUCUCUGGCCCUAUUCCAUCAGUAAUUGGCCUUAUGCAGGCACUUGCAGUGCUUGAUCUGAGUUUCAACCAAUUGUCCGGGCCAAUACCAUCAAUAUUGGGCAACCUGACAUACACAGAAAAAUUAUACCUCCAAGGCAAUAGGCUAACUGGAUCAAUACCACCCGAGCUUGGUAAUAUGUCGACACUUCAUUACUUGGAACUCAAUGACAAUAAGCUGACUGGGUUCAUUCCGUCCGAGCUCGGAAAGUUGACAGGCUUAUUUGAUUUGAACCUGGCAAAAAACAACCUUGAAGGACCAAUCCCCAAUAAUAUAAGCUCAUGCAUAAAUCUCAUUAGCUUCAAUGCUUAUGGCAAUAAGUUAAAUGGGACCAUUCCACGUUCACUGCACAAACUCGAGAGUAUAACUUAUUUGAAUCUGUCAUCAAACAAUUUUAGUGGAGCUAUUCCCAUUGAGCUUGCAAGAAUGAAAAACUUGGACACACUGGAUUUAUCUUGUAACAUGGUUGAUGGUUCAAUUCCCUCAGUUAUUGGGAGCUUAGAGCAUCUUUUGAGACUCAACUUGAGCUAUAAUAAUUUGGUUGGAUAUAUUCCUGCUGAGUUUGGAAACUUGAGGAGUAUCAUGGAGAUUGAUUUGUCUAGUAAUCACCUUGGUGGUUUAAUUCCACAAGAGGUUGGCAUGUUGCAAAACCUGAUACUGUUAAAACUAGAAAGUAACAAUUUAACUGGGGAUGUUUCUUCACUUAUUAACUGCUUCAGUCUCAAUGUCUUAAACGUAUCAUACAACAACCUGGUUGGCACUGUACCAGCAGACAGUAACUUCUCACGAUUUUCACCGGACAGCUUCCUUGGCAAUCCUGGACUCUGUGGCUAUUGGCUUGGUUCUUCAUGCUAUUCCUCCAGUCAUGUGCAGAGAUCCUCAAUCUCAAGGUCUGCAAUUCUUGGGAUUGCUGUCGUUGGGCUUGUUAUCCUGCUGAUGAUUUUAGGAGUUGCUUGCUGGCCACACAGACCACAAGUUCCAAAAGAUGUAUCUUUAAGCAAACCAGAUAUAUAUGCCCUACCGUCGAGCAAUGUUCCUCCAAAGCUUGUGAUCCUUCACAUGAACAUGGCAUUCCUUGUAUAUGAAGAUAUAAUGAGGAUGACUGAAAAUUUGAGCGAGAAGUACAUUAUCGGAUAUGGGGCAUCAAGCACAGUUUACAAAUGUGUACUGAAGAACUGCAAGCCGGUGGCAAUAAAAAAAUUGUAUGCUCACUAUCCACAGAGCCUGAAGGAAUUCGAGACUGAACUUGAGACUGUUGGAAGUAUCAAGCAUCGGAAUCUUGUCAGCCUUCAGGGGUAUUCCCUGUCACCUGCUGGGAAUCUUCUCUUCUACGACUACCUGGAAAACGGCAGUCUCUGGGAUGUUUUACAUGCAGGUUCAUCCAAGAAGCCGAAACUAGAUUGGGAGGCUAGGCUCCGGAUUGCUCUUGGUGCCGCUCAAGGUCUGGCCUAUCUUCAUCAUGACUGUAACCCAAGAAUAAUUCAUAGGGAUGUAAAGUCGAAGAAUAUCCUCCUAGACAAGGACUAUGAAGCACAUCUUGCUGACUUUGGUAUCGCCAAGAGCUUGUGUACCUCGAAGACACACACAUCAACAUACGUGAUGGGCACUAUUGGCUAUAUUGAUCCUGAGUAUGCACGUACAUCCCGCCUCAACGAGAAAUCUGAUGUCUACAGCUAUGGCAUUGUCCUCCUGGAGCUACUCACCGGCAAAAAGCCAGUUGAUAAUGAGUGCAAUCUCCAUCACUUGAUCCUAUCCAAAACUGCAGACAACACGGUCAUGGAGAUGGUCGACCCAGACAUCGCCGACACAUGCAAAGAUCUCGGCGAGGUCAAGAAAGUGUUCCAGUUGGCGCUCCUUUGCAGCAAGAGGCAGCCUUCUGAUCGACCGACGAUGCACGAGGUCGUGCGUGUCCUGGACUGCCUCGUCUACCCUGAUCCGCCCUCAAAGCCGGCGCAGCCACCGGCAUUGCCACAGUCGUCCACGGUUCCGAGCUAUGUCAAUGAGUACGUGAGCCUACGAGGCGGGAGCACGCUCUCGUGCGAAAAUUCAUCGAGCGCGUCAGAUGCGGAGCUCUUCCUGAAGUUCGGCGAGGUGAUAUCACAGAACAGAGUGGAGUGACCAUCUGAUGGCUCUGUAGCAUUCAGGCGAAGUUACCAGCUGGUGUGUCCAGGAAUAAGAAGGGACAUGUGAAUGGACGGGUGGCUAUUUUGCUGGCUACUGUAAAUAUUCUGUCUUCUGGUUUGUUCGGCCUUUGGAAAGCUAUUUGGCCUUCCUGUUUUGAUCACUUUUUAUUCUUGUGAUUCUUAGUUAGUGGGGUUUGGAUGAGGUAAACUGUAUUAAGGCCUCCUUGAGUGGAAUGGAUGAAUUUUGCAAUCACGAGCCAGUAAAAUUUCCGUGUGAUGGGUAAAAAAUUCGUUGUACGGAGGGGGGUUUGCUGCGUUGUGAUUAUACCACUGCCAACUAGUGGAUUCGCCAAAAUACCAUUCUAACAUGAAACACGUUAAAAUACCAUCAUA